AUGGCAGGGAAAACUUGUGAGAACGCAACGACGAAGGAAUGUGGGAGCAUCAGGUGGUCCGAACAACUCCCAGACGAGAUCAUGCAUUUGUUUCUGGAACGACUAUGCAUAUCAGACUAUCUUCAUUGUCGUCAGGUUUGCCGUUCAUGGCGAAACGCUGUAAGAAGAGCAACUGCCAGCAAAUGUUGCCGUCCUGCUGUGGAGCUGCCAUGGCUUGUGCCCGAUGGCAAAUACGGUUUCAAUUUAAGUAACAAGAAGAUUGUCAAAGGAAAGCCGAAAUCACGUCUAUAUCAGACGAAGAUAUGGCAGUAUUGUGUUGGGUCAAUUGAGGGGUGGUUGAUCGUGGUUAAGCACAUAGAUGGCGAACAUAACAAUAUAAGCUUCUUGAAUCCAGUAUCAAGAGCCCGAGUGAUGCUACCACCAAGGAGUAUUGAUAUUGGAUUCUUCUAUAGGAAAGUAGUAGCCUCUACAGCACCAACGAGCUCGCAGUGUAUUGUGGCUUGCAUUUGUUGGGAGGAAAAGUUGGCUUUUUGUAGACCAUCUGAUAAAUCUUGGACGAAAAUUGAUUCGUGGACUAGUUUUUCAGAUCUAGAGAUAGUUGAAAGGAAGUUAUAUGCUACAACAAAUAACAAGUUCAUGAUGAUGUUUGACAUAAUAAUCGAAGAUGCGGAUGGCAGCGACAGCGGCGGCGGCGGCAGUCAACUCAGUUAUAGGGCUGAAUGGCAAGUCUCGCUUCAUCCCCAACCAUACAUAUUGUUCAAUGGGAUCAGAUGGACGGAUAUCUAUUCGGCUUUCGACUACUACUUAGCAAAAGAUUCUACAUCAGAGGAGUUGUUUAUGAUUACAUGGAGUGCUUUAACUGCUUUUGCUCGCAAUAGCUCCAACUUUGAAAGACGAAAAACUAUGGAAGGAAUUAGAGUGUUCAAGCUAGAGAGGAUUAAUAAUGGUGCUCAAUGGGCAGAGGUUGUCGAUCUUGGUGCUCGGAUAUUGUUCUUAAGCAAAAAAAGCAAUGCGUUCAUCUACGUCGACAGCAGCAGUGAUACUAAAGCAGUAGUUGAAAGAAACUGCAUUUGUUUUGCUCGUGAUGAUCAUCUGGGCUCAACCUUGGAAGUGUUUUCCUUGACAGACAAGAGUAUCAAACCUUAUGGACUACUCCCCCCCCGUAAAGGCUAA